CCCGACAGCACUAACGCGCAGGGGCCGGCCCAGCAAAUCUUUUGUCCGGGACGGCGCUGAGCCAGCAGGGCGCUGCCCGGUAUAAACCGGGACCCGCGGAUGGGGCGGGGCGCACCAUGGCGCAGCGCUCUGGGAAGAUCACUCUCUAUGAGGGCAAGCACUUCACGGGGAGGAAGCUGGAGGUCUUUGGGGACUGUGACAACUUCCAGGACAGGGGCUUUAUGAACCGAGUGAACUCCAUCCGUGUGGAGAGCGGAGCCUGGGUCUGCUUCGAUCACCCUGACUUCCGGGGCCAGCAGUUCAUCUUGGAGCACGGCGACUACCCCGACUUCUUCCGCUGGAACAGCCACAGUGACCACAUGGGCUCCUGUCGGCCUGUGGGAAUGGUGAGUGGGCCUGUCCACCAAGGGCUGAGUCUUCCUGCUGGAGGGACCGAGGGUCAGCCCUGGCAGACAGUGGCAAGGAAUCGGGGAGUGUGGGCCUCCCAGCUUUAA